AUGAACAGGAUGAAAGGAACAGACCUUGGCAAGAAGGUUUCCAACCUAAACCCAGUCACCCAACUCAAUACGAACAGGAGAGAAGGAACAGACCUUGGCAAGAAGGUUCCCAACCUAAACCCAGUCACCCAACUCAAUACGAACAGGAAAGAAGGGACGGACCUUGGCAAGAAGGGUCCCAACCUGAACCCAGUCACCCCACUCAAUACGAGCAGGAGAAAACGGACAGACCUUGGCAGGAAGGGUCCCAACCUAAACCCAGUCACCCUACUCAAUGCGAGCAGGAGAGAAGAGACAGACCUUGGCAAGAAGGGUCCCAACCCGAACCCAGUCACCCUACUCAAUACGAGCAGGAGAGAAGGGACAGAUCUUGGCAAGAAGGGUCCCAACCCAAACCCAGUCACCCAACUCAAUACAAACAGGAGAGAAGGAACAGACCUUGACAAGAAGGGUCCCAACCCAAACCCAGUCACCCAACUCAAUACGAGCAGAAGAGAAGUGACAGACCUUGGCAAGAAGGGUACCAACCAAAACCCAGUCACCCUACUCAAUAUGAGCAGGAGAGAAGGUACAGGCCUUGGCAAGAAGGGUGUCAAUCCAAACCCAGUUCUCCAACUCAAUACGAGCAGGAGAGAAGGGACAGACUUUGGCAAAAAGGGUCCCAACCCAAACCCAGUCACCCUACUCAAUACGAGCAGGAGAGAAGGGACAGAUCUUGGCAAGAAGGGUCCCAACCCAAACCCAGUCACCCAACUCAAUACAAACAGGAGAGGAGGAACAGACCUUGGCAAGAAGGGUCCCAACCCAAACCCAGUCACCCAACUCAAUACGAGCAGAAGAGAAGUGACAGACCUUGGCAAGAAGGGUACCAACCUAAACCCAGUCACCCUACUCAAUAUGAGCAGGAGAGAAGGUACAGGCCUUGGCAAGAAGGGUGUCAAUCCAAACCCAGUCCUCCAACUCAAUACGAGCAGAAGAGAAGGGACAGACCUUGGCAAGAAGAUUCCCAACCCAAACCCAGUCACCCAUUUCAAUACGAGCAGGAGAGAAGUGACAGACCUUGGCAGGAAGGGUCGCAACCCAAACCCAGCCACCCAACCGGACGACCAGGUAUCGACAAUUAUGAGGAGAUGGUGGGAGAAACCUUUCAGGACGAGGGCGAGAAACUUGGGGUUCAAAGCAAUGUAA